GACGAACGAGUUCAUUUCCCCAGACUCCGGAGAACCAUCCAUCCUCCUUUCACGUCCUAUCCUCUUUUCACUCGCUGCAGCAGCUCGACGUCUUCGGCAAAAUCGCUAUGGCGACGAGAGCGCGACGCAACACGACCACGGAAAAUCCAACACCGGCCGCAACGGCGGUGAGCCCGCCCCCAGAUGCGGACGACGGCAAAAAUGCCGACACUGCCACUUCGCGGAGGAUGCGAAAACGAGAACUGGACAGGCGUUGCCAGCGGAUCGCUCGCGAAAGGACUAAGAACCGGAUCGCCUACCUAGAAGGCCUAGUCGAGGACUUCAGAAAGCAAGAUUCCACCGGGCAGGUCGCCACGUUGAUGAAACAGCUGUCAGACAUGGCAAAGGAGCGCGACACUCUGGUUAAGACGCUGCAGAGCAUCCAAAACUCCAUCCAGAGCCACCAAAAUAUCCUGAGCGGAACCCAGCAAGGCAUCGGGCCUUGUGGACCCGGAAUCAAUCGGGCGAACUCCUCACCGGACACGGAGCCAAUUCACAAGGUCGAAUCGCCCGACGGCGACGUGCAAUACCUGCAUUCUGUGGAGCGCCCGCAUCCCGAGAGUCAAGUCACAAUCCGACCCGCCCCGCCUUUGGACGAGCCAUUUGUCAACGACAGUAUGAACGGCCUGAUCGACGAUCCGAUCUUUCCUCGAGCCGAUGCUGACGAGGAAUGUGAGUGCUGUUCACAAGCAGCCACGGCCAGCUACGGCUCCACGAUAAACAUGUGGAGGUAUGCAAACGAGGUUCUAACAAGACCUUGCCAGUUGUCACGUGACGAGAAUGAGCUUGAGGAUGCCAUUGCGGAGGAUACCCCGGUCCGCGCUCUGAUAGAGGGUUGGGACGCAGUCGCAAGGAGAUACGGAGGAAAGCUGCCUGCUUCCUGGACGAAGCUUCGGAAGAUUGACGAGGUUAUUUUUGGCAGAUGUGAUCCGCGAGAACGCCUCGCCAUCAUGAGGGUAAUGCAUACGUUACUGCGGUAUCAUACAGUAAGAACCAUCGAAAAGAGGGAAAAGGUUCCACCCUGGUAUCUGCAAAGACCGUCGCAGAGCAUGGCUCACUCUUACGCCAUAGAUUUUUUCGCAUGGCCUGGGCUUCGUGAACGGUUCGUGUUCCAUCAGCAUCGAUACUGUGGCAACAUAUUCUGGCACCUUUUUUGCAAUUCGCUGAAGAUCAACUGGCCAUACGAGUUCCGCGACUGCUACACUCGAAACCUGGAGACUGGCGAAUACAAAAUCUCGGACUCGUUCGACAGCCGAAUAAGCGACAUCAAUGCCUGGACCAUGCGGCCGGACAUUUUCAAGCGAUGGCCCGAGUUUUACGCCGACUUUCCGCGCAGUGCAGACCACAUCCCAAUGCAUGUGACUGUUCGCAUGCAACCAGCGGCCAACACCCAACAGGUUCCGCCACAAAAGCUGCUCGAGGCCCCAAGAGUACAUGAUCGAACGCAAAGUGUGCCCGAAAACGUCAACGAGAGCGACUCCAGCGCCGAAGAGCAGCCGCAGAUGGCCUACUGGGAUCCGUUGCAGGCCGCUAUCAUCGAUGCCUCGUACUCCGCUCUCCCAGGUAAAGGUCUUGUUGACCUUCUCGGACAAGGUCACUAUGCCGAUUUUGGCGGACGGGUUGGACACGACUUCUCCUUUUGAAGUUUCGAUGUCUCGUCAGCCCGUGGCCAUUUCCCCUUCACUUUUUGUAUCCAGAUUGACUUUGCAAGUCAACUAGGGCUAACAAGUUUUUAUUAUCCCUUCUUUUUGCACUAGAAACGCCAUAAAAAGAUUCUUGGAAACGACGGGUUCAACUUUACGUUUGUGUGCAUUAGCGAGGUUUUUGAGGAUCUAGUGGCUUUGAACUGUCACUACCGCUAAUGAUGAUAUGGGAAGCGCAGUCUAAAAUGUAAGCUAAGAAAUUCAGUUCUACACGUAGGAACUAAUUAAUACCAAAUUUUUCAAGAGAAAAAAAAAAUCUGAGUGUCUAAAUUCUUCCAAGCUCAUAGUUUCAGCGUAGUGGUUUCCAUGCGUGCUGGUUCUCGCUCAAUUUGUAUCUGCAGCAAACACGGCGAUGCGGCGCCCUAGUCACAAGCGAUGAUAGUGGGCUUGAAAGGUCAAAACUUGGUGUUUUUGUCUACCAAGUCUAGUUUGAACAAUGAAGUUGAUGUAAAUACUUGUUUCCCAUCGUCCACACCACUGCAGGACUUCUGCGCUCUCUACCAGGCGCAAAUCUGGGAGACGAUGAUACAUGCCAAAGUUCCUUUCCACUUCCAUUCCUGCAGACCUUAGAAGAACGGAUCUCUCGUUCAUUGGAGAAAACAAAUUGUCCAACAUAUCGAA